GGGGGGGAUAUUUACCAGUAGAGCUAGCUAGUUCUCCAUGGGCAAAAGAAAAAAUACCCCCUCCGAAGAGUACUACUCUUACGGAAACAAGGAAAUAUACCCUCUCCCUUCGCUUCCCAUCUCACUCCCCGGAUCACCAUCGUAACCAACCCAUCAAACAUCUCGAAGCGAUGAGUGAGUGGAUGGGAGCGAUCAGCGAUCACACCACAAGCUGCUUAUUUGAUUUAACUGAGGAGGGUAAAGAAAUGAACUUUUUUUUUAUUACUCGAGGCGGCUGGCUGGGAUGUAGCCGAAGCUGGAAGGUAGGAUUCGAUUCGUGUUGGUUCCUGGUAGAAAAUACUGCGUAACAAUGAAUGUGAUCAUCACGCACCGCACCCACCCGCCGAGCGCAACCCCGGGAGCUCAUGUUGGCGAUUUGACGGGGGGGGGGGGAGCGGG